UGUGCAGUGUGAACGCAAAGCAAAAUGAAAUUACGGCACGGCACGGCACGGUUGCCGUUAGAAAACCGUCUGAGUGAAAGCAGGGUGAGGCUUCAUUAGGUACAGCUGCUGAGCAGUGACUUGUUCAAGGGUAGGCUAAACAGCAAAUACGGCGAUGCUGUUAAUAGCGUAAAAAAUGAAAUUGCCCUCGUAUCUUAUAAAAUGAUAAAAUAUUAUCGGUUGGACCAAAUACGAAAUGAUAAAUUUCAAGAUUGGAAAAGCAUAAAUACGACAAUUUGGAAACGUUGAACAUCUUUGUAAAUUUCCAACAAAAUGAGAAUCUUGCUCGUUUUAGUCAAUACUGCUUUUGCAGUAUAUAACCCUGUAAGUGCCUCUGAUAGAUUAUUGACGAUAUACGGUGAAAAUUGAGAGGUUGAAAUAAUUGAUCCCAUGGCUCCAACUCGUGAAUCAUAUGCCACUCCUUCCGAUAUUACCCUUUACCUUUAUACUCAAAGCAAUGCUUCAACUCCUGAAAUAUAUUCACUGGACGCUAGUGCCCUUUCGCCAUCAUCCAAUUACAAUUUUUCAAAGCAUAAUGUUUUCUUGAUUCAUGGUUGGCUAGGCAGUUACUCUAGUACUGUUAACAGUCUUAUAAAGUCCGCCUACAAUGAUGUUACUGAUGUUAAUAUAUUCGUGGUGGACUGGAGUCCUGUAUCCCGUACACUGUACCCAAUUGCAUUUGCUAACGUUCCCACAAUUGGAAAAUACUUGGGGCAGUUUAUUGCAGACAUGCAAACCCAAUUUAGACUGGGCGCCGAUAAAUUCACAAUUGUAGGUUACAGUUUUGGAGCUCAUGUAGCUGGAUGUGCCGGUGCGGCUACAAAUGGUAACAUUUUAGCAAUAUAUGGUUUGGAUCCUGCAGGACCUUUAUACCUUAAUAACAUUACGAACAACAGAUUAGACCCCUCUGAUGCGCAAUUUGUUCAUGCAAUUCACACCUGCGGUGGCAGAUGGGGCUUUGAAGAUAAUCUUGGAACUGCUGAUUACAGACCUAAUGGUGGAAGAGAUCAGCCUGGUUGUACAAUUGAACCAACUGGUCUUUGUGCUCAUAGCAGAGCUUAUAGAUUGUUUGCAGAAUCAGUCAGGUCAGGAGGAUUUACCGCUUGGAAAUGUGACAGCUAUAGCAACUUCCGUUCUGGACAAUGUCAGUCGAACGAUCAGAGCAGACUUGGGGGUGUAAAUAUUGAUACAAGUGCCACUGGAGAUUAUUACUUGGACACCAAUUUUGGAUCACCGUAUUCACAAUCCUAAUUACAGUUUAAAACAAUACAGUAUUAAGUACAUAACUCCUUAUAUGGACCAAUAUUUACAUAGUUCCGUUUAAUCAACGUGGGUCCCACAAGAGUAGCUUUAAGUGUUUAAAUUACAAUAUUGCAGUCUUAAGGACUAUUGAAUGUUAUAUUCAUAUUUUUUUAUGCCUCCACCUAUUCCAAUUGCGCCCUGAAAGCCUAUGGUCAUAAACAGUAGUGUAAAUGUCAUUGUCAUACCAUCUUAAAUUCUUUAUAAAUGUUACAGAAGACCUGUGCAUUUA